UGAGGGACCCGGCAGCCUUUCCUCUGUGCCGGCUUCUACCGGGGUAACCAACCCUGGCACCCUUUCGAGCCCACCUGGUGGUGUCUGUGUCACAAACUGACUCCGGUCUCAGAAAGGGUCGGUUGGUUGCAGCGUCUCGGCUGUCACUACACCUGCAGAGUCUCACUAUGUUGCCCAGACUGGACUUGAACUCCUUUGGCUCAAGAAAUUUUCCUGCCUCAGCCUCUUGAGUAGCUGGGACUACAGUGCUGAGGAUUGAAGCCAGGGCUUGUGCAUACUCAGCAAGUACUUUACUACUGAACUCUUGGGCUUAAGCAAGCCUCCUGCCUCAGUCUCCCAGGUAGCUGGAAUACAGCUUUAUUCUUGCCUGCUCGCUGUGCGGCCGCUGGGUGCGGAUUGGCCUGGAUAGUGUACCUCAGUGCCUCAUUGUCCCCCAGAAUCUCCAGACAAGACUCAAGCCACAGGCAGCAUGAAGAUCUGGACCUUGGAGCACGUCUUCGGCCACCUAUGGGAAAAUGUUACAACAGCUGCAAUGCAUAAAUACCCAAACCCUAUGAACCCGAGUGUGGUUGGAGUUGAUGUGCUUGACAGGCAUGUAGAUCCCUCUGGAAGGCUGCACAGCCACAGACUUCUUAGCACAGAGUGGGGACUGCCUUCCAUCGUGAAGUCUCUUAUUGGUUCAGCAAGAACCAAAACAUAUGUGCAAGAACAUUCUGUAGUUGAUCCUGUAGAUCUGCUGGCAGCUGGAAGUUUGCUGGGGCCCCUUUGGCUGUGGCUCUCAACAACAAUGGAGCUUAAAUCGACUAAUAUUUCCUUUACAAAUAUGGUUUCAGGGGAUGAGAGACUUAUCUACAAACCACACCCUCAAGACCCAGAAAAGACUAUUUUGACUCAGGAAGCCAUCAUCUCUGUGCAGGGAGUCAGCCUUAGCAGUUACCUGGAAGGACUGAUGGCGACCAUGAUAUCUUCUAAUGCUAGUAAAGGCCGAGAAGCAAUGGAAUGGGUAAUACAUAAAUUAAAUGCUGAGAUUGAAGAGUUGACAGCUUCAGCAAGAGGAACAUAAGGACCAAUGGUGGCAGCAGCAUUUGUAGAAAAAUGAUAAAGUCAGUAUAGAAUAUCAAAUCCCCAGGUCUCUCCAAGCAGACAGUGUAUUUAUUUGUUACUUAAAAAGUAAAACUGUAUUUUAGGUAGAAUUUUUUUUCUAAUAACCUGGAGUAAGGCUAUGUGACUUUUGAUCAAAACAAAAAGAUACAGGGCUUCUAAAAUCCAAGGGAUCAUCUGAGGUUAUUAUGGCUUGAAAUGACUAAUUUCUAGGGUUUUAGUAUUUAUGUGAAAUUUAACAAAGUUUUUUUAAAGUACUCGGGAGAAAUGGGUAUUGACGUUGAGUCUUCUUAAAAUAGAAUUUUAACACUUUUCAGGCAUUGGAACUGUACCUGACUUUGGACCAACCCCAGAGCCGAGCAAGCAGAGCCUCUCCUCAUACAUACACACUCACCUUGCUAAUACAGACUAGCACAGCCUGCAAGGGGGGACUGACUCUAAAAUGAGAAUUUGUAUAGUUUUAAAAGACAUUAAAUUGUAUAAAAUAACUUGCUCUGCUAAAAACCACAGUGUUUUGAUUUGGUAUUUAAAUGAUAUUUUUAGAGUAAAAAUCAUCACUAAGUCUAUAUGACUUCAACAUAAAUAAUAUUUUAUUGUAUUAUAGAGUACUGUGCUGAUUUGCCAAAGUUUUGUAACUUAGUAAAGGUAUUACCUUCCUUGGACUUGUACUUUAUGAUUUAGCAUGCUGUACCGUGGGCUGGUUAUGUUAACUAAAAAAAUAAAGUCAUUACCUGAGUUUCGCAGCACUCUUAAAUAGAACACUUAUACAGAACAGCUGUUCACAUCUUUUAUCAUUUCACAUUUUCAUAACAUAAAUUGCCAUGUGUCAAAAUCAUGAUUUUGUAAUUGCUAAGGCUUGAUGUGUCAGGUUAUUUGAAUAUAAUUACUUUUUGAGGUAAUUGUGACCACAAAACAUCUUUUUUACAUGAAGAGCUAUACAUCAUUUGAAAUUACUCAAAUGAUGUCUUGAUGUGAAGCAUAAAUCCCAGGAACUUAAUGUUUUUAAUAAUAUGGUGCCACUGUGGGGGCGUUUGGGGAGAAAAAAGAAUAAUGGAAGGUGGGGACAGAGUGGCCCAAACUAACCACUGAGCCAAUUGCACUGCAGGUUUUAUUAAUGGAAUGUCCUUAUUUUUGAUGCCAGAGGGUGGCUGAAAAGUGAAAAACAAUCCAAUAAAUGUAUUUUGUUUAA